CAUAGGGUGCCUUUCUCUCAGAUCCCAGGAGACUGCUGUGCUCCCACACUGUCCCCUGGAGCAGUGUGAACUGCAGCAUCCUCUCCCUCCCCUCCCUUCCCUAACCAGUUCCAUGCAGCAGGGUACACAAUGGGAUCACCUAUUGCUAGACUCUCUCUAACCAGCCAAAUCCCUCAGGAGCUCUCAAGGAACUCUUGCUGCCUGAAUCUCUUUGAUCUGUUAUCUGACAUCCCUUAUUAACUGUUCAGUGUCAGGCCCUGGGUCCCCAUUCUCCAUAUUCCAGUGCCUUUUUAUGCUCUUCCCUUGGCUGCUCUGCUCCAUAGCCUUAAUCCCCGAAAAAGAGCAAGGUGGUGUGGAAAGACCAAGAAGGUGGCAUAUAUUCACUUCCACUUCUGAUGCUCUUCUCACCUAGGUGCAGGGAUAUAAAGCCUGGAUUUGGUUUAGGCUUUUAUCUAAAUGUCUUGGAAGUCUGUGCUAUCUACAAGUGCCAUAAGAGUAGGUGAUGCCAGGACUGUAGGCAAAGACCCACAACAGGCAGGAUUUCUUUACAAGAGUUAUAGUGACUCUCCCCAAAGUCCAUCAUUCUUAUACACAUGUCCAUCCAUUAAUUCUUUUGUUAUAUUAACUUGACUACUAGAGGUGCCAAACCUUUAACUUCCUAAAUCUCCCUGAGACUUCUCCCCUUCUCCUUCUUUAUGUUCCCUGCCAGUCUGGGAUUUGCUGAUUAAAAGAUAGUUUAAAGCAAAAGGUGACCCACUGAUAUUAGCAACUGUUUCACCUUUGAAUUUCCUGAGAAUCCCUGGGACCAUCUUGCCCCAACUGCUAGUUCCAUACAUUUUGCACAAUCAAUAUUUUAUUUUGGACAGAUCCUUUGGUUUAGUCCUCCACAAACCAGGGUUCUUGUGUGUGAAUUCCACCAAUUUAUUCCACUGUGACAAAUAAUUAAUUUAUCUUUGUUUUGAUGUGCUUUUUCUCUCUGACUGCUUAUUUUAUACCCUGCUCUUCAGUUGCCCUCAAGGCAGUAUAUCAAAUAUAAAGGGUUCAAGGAAGUUCUGACACCUUUGCUUUGUUAUGGUUCUGCACUUAUUGGAGGUCAUGCUUGUUUCAAUUUUCCUCAUUCGGCUGCAAGGUCAGCUUCCUGAAAAAUGCAUAUUGAUAAUCCCUUUAGGAAAUUAUUUUAGUCAUGUCAGCUUCAUUUUGCCUUUUCUCAAAUCUUCUAAAGAGGGUUUAGGUAUUUGGGUGACCAAUGUGAUGUCCCUGUGGAACCUUCAUGUCACUUGUGAUGACUCACAGCCUUCAGCUCAAUUCUCUCAGUUGUCCCUCUGAAUUCAAACUGGCUUGUAAGAAGUAAUUUCCCUAAAGCUUCCACCACAGCUGUGGUCAAUUUAAAAAUGGGAUUUCUUUUACAAUGUGUGGGAUCACAGCUUUAGGAAUCCAGUCCUACUCUUUGCCUAUAAAUUUGAAUUUAGAUCCUCAGGUUCAGCUGGAUUUUCAAAAGUAAGGCAUGUGCAAUGGCACAGUUUCAUCUGCUCACAUGGAUCUGCUUGCUAAAUUGGGUGAUGCUGGCUGUGGGCUGAAAGGCUUGCAGAUACCACCUUAUUCAAACCUCACUGACAGGUAGGGGAGAAAGAGCUUUAGUGCCUCUGCUGCCUUCUCUUUAGGUCAAAGGGUGGCCAUGGAGCUUGCAGAGCAACCAGCAGCUGGAGCAUGAGUAAGGAGGGAAAGCAGAACUGUGAGUCCCAGAAAGGAGCUGGGGCUUGUGAGGCAUGUGGGGGCUGAGAGCAUGGGAGGCACUUGACAGUGUGAGGUAGGGCUGUGGGGAAACACAGGUAUUUGUGGGAGGACAAGGGAAUGAGCAGAAACAGGAAGAGGGGGAAUGAAGUUACUGAGGAAGAGCAAUGAGAAUGCAAGGAAGCAAAGCAUGAGUUUUGGGGGUUUUUAAGAAAGAUUUUUGUUAAAAAUUAUUUUUUCAGCACCACAACUGCAGGGUCCAGUUGUUUCUAUCUCUCACUCAUUCACAUACCACCAGCGUGUAUGAAAUUAAAAGGACAAAUUUUUUCCUCAGGAAUAUCACGUGAUUGUUGUUACACAUUGGCUCAGCACUGCAUGCUGUGGAAGUAUGAUUCAGUGUUGAAUUUUGAUAACAAGCAACAACUCUGAUGGCUGACAAAGAAGAAUUGAGCUGUCUACUGAUGUUUCAGUGCAGUGUAAUCUAAUAAAAGGAGCAGCUAGAGCCUGAAUUUGCAUUUGAAAUGCCUCAGCUGUGUUUGGAGAUGCGUUUCAGUGGAAAAAGCUCAUGAAGCUGCUCUGUAACUUCCUUCUCUGUCUGCUGAUUGUGUUUCCUGUUUCUUCACUGUGGAAAUCUUGAAACCCUGCAAGGAAGUAAGUCUUUUUCCCAUAAGACUGGGUCUGCUGAGGCUUGGGUGGGGACAAGGGGAAGCAUGCAGAGGGUUGCUCUGAGUUCUCAACUUCAAUUCUCUGGAAUUUGAGGGCUUAACUAGAUUUCAGCAGAGACUUAGGGAGGCUUAAUUCCAGUGAGAGGGCCAAGACUGAAGACAAAGGGUAGUGCUGGAAGGAUGUUGGAAAGAGAAGCAGGCAGCAUGCUUGCUUGAGGGACGAGGUUUCUCUUCUGUAGCUGUUCUUAUUCUUGUGUGAAAGUCACCUUCUUUGUACACAAUACAUAAAGGAGAAGUAAAGUUAGCUCAGGACACACAAGACACAAAGAAGAUCCUUGGUAAAGACAUCCAGUUACUGCCUCACUCUGCUUAGGGGCAGGUCUCCAUAAAGUGUGUUCAGAUUACCUUCUGCCACAUUGUUGUUCUCUAUUGUCUGGUGCAUGUUCUUCCUUCUACUGCCCUAUCUCAGCUCCAACUCUGCUCUGGUUACCCUCUGUGCUCUCUGCAUGUCCUGUGAGCAUCUCAUUCUGCUCUGCCUUAAGGGAAUUCCAGCUAGCCAUACUAACCAGCUUCUUCCCACUGUUUGUUUUGGAGACCUUGUUGUGGCUUUUUUCAGGCUUUUACAGGGGACUUAUAAGAAAGAUGGAGAGAGUCCUUUUAAUGGAACUGGUAGUGAUAAGAUAAGGGGUCAUGGAGUUAAACUGAAAAAGCCAGAUCUAAAUUAGCUAUAAGGAAGAAAUAAUUUACCAUGAGGGUGCUGAGAUGCUGAAACAGAUUGCCCAGAGAAGUUGGAGAUUCCCCUUAACUGAAAAUGUUUAGGGCCAGGUUAGAAGGGGCUUUGAGCAGCCUGAUGUAGUGAAAGAUGUCCUCGCCCAUGGCAGGUGGUCUGGAGAAGGUAGUCGUUGAAGGUCCCUUCCAACCCAAACCUUAGUGCUAUCUGCUGACUGAACCCUCCUCACCCUGCCUGACUUAUUGGCAUCUGUUCCCAGAAGUAUUUCUGAUUUAGAAUGUCUCUCAGCAGCCAUUUCCCUUGUCUCCUUUCAGGAUCUGCUCCCGCUUGAAAUCAGACUAAGCACUGACAUUUUGCUCAAGGUGAUAUCAGAGGUUUUUACCACAAAGCAGAUAAGGGAGAUAAAUGACAGUGUUGGAAAAAUAGGAGAAAAAUGUAAACCAUCCUUUUUCAGCCUCUGAAAUGGAGCCUGCCCUGCUCUGAACUUGCACAGGCUGUGAAUCAGGUUUUAAUAGAAAAGUUUUUGUGUCUACUCUUCCCAAUAAUCUCUCAGACCAUCAACAUAUGUUUUUUAAAAUUCCACUUUGCUUGUUCUCCUCUCUGACUCCCACCUGAUCUUUCUGUUUCUUCAUGGAUAUACCAAUCUUCUGAUUAUUUUUAUUGCACUGUCUAAGGCUGCAACUCCCCAGUCUCACUUCUACAGGAACAUUUCCUAGUCUGAGAUUUGUUCUAGUGCUAGCUUCCAGCCAGGGCUGACUUUGAAGAAUGAGACAUAGCUGUGACAUUUGAUGUAGCAAAUGCAGCUUAACCACAAGGGGAAAUAGGGCAGAAUGCAUUUUGUUCUGGACUGCAGGUUAAACUGGGCUAGAACCUAUGAUAGAUGCAAACAUGAGAGCAAUGGUAGAAUUACUAGCAGACAAAGAAACACAUGAAAAUAUGGGGAGAUAGUUAAGAAAGAAAGUUAAAAAGAGGAAAAAACCCUAUAAAUGUCUUGAAAAGGAAGCCUAUCAGCUGAGAAUCUGAUAUGGGGAAGGAGUGCAACUUCCUUUUCAGUUGUUAGGUUCUCAUUUUUCUUUUAUGUCUCAAAAUCUUCCGUGGUGCCAGGGCUGAUUUCCUGGGCUAAGAAACUGAAGAUCUCUUUGGAGCAUUUCUGAGCUCUCAGGAAUUCUCAGGUUAUCACCAGUUCUUCCAGUGUUCAGCACAGUCUUCUUUGAUGGGUAGAGAGUGAAUGAAUGGAUGGGAAAGGCUCAGUAACCGAUUCCUGUCACCCUCUGGAAAAAAGGAGCUAAAAGGCCCACCUUUUAUGUGGCAAAACUAAGGACAGGGUCACACUGCGAUUAAAUGGCAUCAGAAAUCACCUAUGCUGAGGUGAAGUUCAAAAAUGACUCAUCGGCUCCAGUGGUCAAAGGACCCCCUGAGACAAAGAAGCCUGAGCAACAUCCCCAGAAGUACCCACUCUGGCUGCCAUGGUUGAUCUCACUGCUACUUCUCUUGGUGUGCAUUGCCCUUGUUGUCAUCCUCCUUGUGCUUCCCUUGUGCCACAGCAGUGCCCAGCCCUCAGCCCUGCAGCAGCAGUUCUUGCAGUGGGAGUGCAACUCAGCGGUGCCACAAGGCACAGACCGAGGCUGGACGUGCUGCCCAAAGGGCUGGAGAAGGUUUCAAGGAAGCUGCUAUUUCCUAUCCACUGAUAAGUUGAAUUGUGUUAAGAGUGCACAGAACUGCAGUGGGAUGGGCUCCCAGCUGGUGGUGAUCAGCAGCAAGGCAGAGCAGGAUUUCCUCUCUGAGCAAACAAAACAAACUCCAAACAGAGUGAAUUUCUACAUUGGUCUGUUUGAAGAUAAGGUGGGCCAGUGGCAGUGGGUGGACAAGACUCCAUACAAUGUGACAGCAGCGUUCUGGCGAGAAGGAGAACCAAGUCCAGGCCAUGAUGAGAACUGCACUGUAAUCUAUGUGUCUGAACCAACUCUCAACAACUGGAAUGACGUCAAACCAAAUACACAACAUCAUCGAAUUUGUGAAGCUGCAGCAGUAAUUGUGUGA